CCCUCACUAUGGGUUCUUGCAUUAGCAAAUGCAAUCCCCAAAAAAAUCCUCAAGAAGAUGAUGAUCAACAUCAUGAAUGUGUUAAAGAUAAACUUGUGAUAUCACAAGCUCCCGUAUCUCCAAAAAUCCAUGUUCCUUCUUCAACUAUCCAACCACCUCGAAAACUCGUAUCUUCUUCUCCUUCUUCUUCUUCUUGUUCAGUAUCUCUUUCAUCGUUUUCCUCUACUGCAACCAAUGUUACGUUAUCUUCAUCUUUGUCAUCGUCAUCUUCCUCCUCUUCAUCCUCUUAUUUCAAGGAUCGUUCUUUCUCGAAUGAUUUCUUGUUGUCUUGUGCACAAGAACAUGACCAUAUACUUGACAUCAAGAAAAACAAAGUUAGUUAUCAAAAUACAUCAACCAUGUCUACAAGUGGCAAGAAAUACUCCCGAUCACCAUCAUCAUCAUCAACCACUUUGUCCAAACCACCAAGUCCUCGAAGAGAGUGCAAUUCAACAACGACCCCUAAGAAAAGGCCACGUGCCAAUUCGCCAAUUAUGGUUAGACAAAAGAGUUUUAGAAAAGAACAUGAUCAACAACUCAUGAUCAAGGGAAGUAACAUUGGUAAUAAUCAUACUUCAAGUAUUACCUCUACCUAUCAUCAUUUUCCUAGUACUAGAACAACCCUAAAAUCGCCAUCUCCAAGUCGAAGAUUUCCUUCAAAUUCGAAUGGUGACAUGAAGGAGAAUUCAUUUAGAAAAUCAAUAGCUUCAAAAGGGAACAAUGGAAGUGUUAUAUCAAGAUCAUCAUCUCUAAGAAGAGAGAAUCAUUUCACUCCAAAAAAUGAUGGAAAAAUGAGAAAUGUUUUUCCAAUUUCUCCAAAGAUUGAUGAAAUGGAAAUUGGAGAAGAAGUGAAGUCAAAUGAUCAAGAUUUGGACUCAUUUCUCAUGGAGGAUAUUAAUAAUCCUCUCAUUGCCUUGGAUUGUUUUAUUUUUCUCUAGAGAUGUACAUGUUUUUGAUACAUUUUUCUGUUUUUUGCUUUACUUCUAUGGGUCUCAAGAGGAAUUGAACCCAUAAUUUAAUGGUGAAAGUAUGGCACUUUCUACCAUAUUGCUAAGACUUGUCUUGUUUGGAACGACAAGUUCAUAACGUGUAUUUUUUUUUCAUA